ACGCGAGCGUUCUUCAAGUACUUGACGAUGUUGAAUGACGAGCGUGAGAGGCUUGAACUUUGUCGUCCAGGUGUUCAAGUUCCCUCUUUUGUUUCCGUCUUCGCGCUUCCGAUGUCGAGAGAGUCGAGCCCAGCUCGCACGUUAUCCGUAGGAUCGCCGCCGUAGCGUCCGAGUUAUUCAUGGAUCCCUUCAAGUUACGCGUGUACACCGAAAGAUUCGAGAAAGAGAACAGGUUGAUAAGCGUGCGGGAGGUAUUCGUGCCCAGCCUGCGAACGAAACCGUUGACCGGCAAAUUUUACGCGAAACACGACGUGCUCUCGCCGGCGGACGUCAAACAGAACGACGUCGACUUGGUUAAACGUGAAAUGGAGAAGACGCCCAAGGACGUCUAUUCGUUCAGACCACCGGCAGCGAACAUGGAGUACGCGCCUUUGCGCGAGACGAGUAAGUGCAAAUAAGAGAAUUCGUCCUUCUCAAGGUAGAUCCUUCGCAGGUACGGCUGGUUCAACGUACCGUUAGUACCCCUCUCGAAGGACCCGAGAUUGCGUUUCCCGAGACGGCAGGUGGACUUUAUCGCGGUCGAGGUCUCACGUCGGAGGCAGUACGGAGGUCUACCGGAGGAGAAAUUCACGGGCGUGCCGUUCAAGACGUGAAUCACCCGGGAAUCACAAUCGCGAAAAUAUCAAUAUGAGACGGAAUAACAUCCGCUCUCUCUCUCUCUCUUUGAAAAAUAACCGCGACACUCUCACGUGUAUCGCUAAAUCGCGUCGACCGACUCGAAAUCGGAUCUAAU